UACGGGUUGAAGUUAGUAUAAAUAAGAUGAGCUUGGAAAGUUUUGUACAGUAUAUUCACUGGGAGGUUUCAAUCAUGAAGGCUUGUCUAAUUGUUGCUAUAUUCCUCGUUGUGGGUUACACAGUUGUAACUUCGGCUGCUGAAGUUGGUGAAUCUGAUACACCCCACACAAUGGUAAAAAGAGAAACGAUACAAGGGCCACCUCUUCCAGGGCGCUGUGUAUUUUACGAGUGCAUCGCAAGUUGCAGGCAAAGAGGAUACAAGUCUGGCGGAUACUGCACUUUGAAUGGCUGCCAAUGUCUUCGAUAAUAUCAAGUACUAUUCUGACAAUGCUGCCAAUUUUGUCUUUAUAGGUAUAUAAAUAUUAUAAAAUUUUACAGCAUGUGGAAUAAAUCUGUGAUUAUAUGUCGCCAGUGCUCAACUGCAGUAAAUUCAAAAAUAAACUAAUCAUUCAUCAUCAAAUAAAAUAAAAUC